GACCGGCCGCAGGCCACAGGCGGAGGUGCCAUCAGCCAGGGCCCCGCCAGACACACAGGGCAUUGUCCCUUGGUCAACAACCCUUGGGCACCUCAGUCUGGCUCCUGGCCUGCCCCCACACCCCUCACCGCCUGCCACUGUGUUAGGCCCAGCCAGCUGGGGGCCCAAGGCUCCCAGCUGACAGUGAGCCCACCCACCCACGCCCCCAGCAGCCCCCUGUCGAGCUAUAAUUGCUGCGGCCCCAUCCUGUUGCUGCCAUUCUCCCUAGCGGCAGCUGCAGGCCUGCCCGCCUGGCUUGGUGGGAUGGACUGGCCGCACAGCCUGUUGUUCCUUCUUGCAAUCUCCAUCUUCCUGGAGCUGAGCCAGCCCCGGAACCCCAAAGGCAAGAGGAAGGGACAAGGGAAGUCUGGCCCUGUGGCUCCUGGACCUCACCAGGUGCCACUGGACCUGGUAUCUCGAGUGAAGCCCUACGCUCGCAUGGAGGAGUAUGAGAGGAACCUUGGAGAGAUGGUAGCCCAGCUGAGAAACAGCUCUGAGCCAGCCAAGAGGAAGUGUGAAGUCAACCUGCAGCUGUGGUUGUCCAACAAGAGGAGCCUGUCUCCCUGGGGCUACAGCAUCAAUCACGACCCCAGCCGCAUCCCUGAGGACUUGCCCGAGGCACGGUGCCUGUGUCUGGGCUGCGUGAACCCCUUCACCAUGCAGGAGGACCGCAGCAUGGUGAGCGUGCCGGUGUUCAGCCAGGUGCCCGUGCGCCGCCGCCUCUGUCCGCCGCCGCCGCGCCCGGGGCCCUGCCGCCAGCGCGCCGUCAUGGAGACCAUCGCGGUAGGCUGCACCUGCAUCUUCUGAGCCACCCUGCCCAGCAGCCGCGCAAGCCCGCCUUCCCAGCACUUACUGUAUCCCUCAAGGCUGAUGAAAAGUAAACGCUGUUCUUUGUAAAG